AUGAGUCUGGACGAUUUGAUCGCCCGUAAGAAGACAAAGGCGACUAAUCCGUCUUCACGACCAUUCAAGGCCAAUAGAGAAAAAGAUGCGGCGGCAGGACCCAUCCGCGGUAGACGCCGACGCAACAACAGCCGUAACCAGCCCUACUCACGAUCUCGCAGCGACAACGAUGACGACAUGGACAUUGAUUUGGACGACGCUGGUGAUAGCAGCAGCAACAACCGCGGCGGCAAGAAGCGCUCAGUGGUGAUUAAAAAGCCCGGCAAGGGCGGUAAGAAAGGCGGCUCGUCUAUCCUAUUGCGUGUCGGUGGCAAGGAUGUGGCAAACCCUGGCACAAAGAUCCUAGUGAAGAAUCUUAAGUUUGACAUUUUGGAGGAAGAGGUGCGGGAGCUUUUUGGCACGGUAGGCGAGGUGUCUAAGGCUGAGAUCGUAUACGAUCGCUCGGGUCGAUCGAAGGGCAUUGCACGUGUCUGGUUCACCCGCCGCUCAGACGCCGAAAAGGCCAUCAAGCAAUAUGACGGACGUACGUUGGAUGGCCAGCCGAUGCAGAUUGCGCUGGACUCUGACAGAAAUGUUCGUAACGGGCUUUUUGGAACUGCACUUGGUGGCGAUGACAAGAAUGUCAAGUUUAAGGUGUCUUUCGGAGGAAACAGAGAUAACGAUCAGGCGAAAGGCCGCCGCAACAAAGGUCGCCGCGUACGUGGUAAUGACAAGGGCGCUCAGGACGUCCGUGAACCUGCGUCAUCCAAAUCUGCUGAGGAGCUGGACAAUGAGAUGGAUUCGUACAUGAAGGACGCAUAG